GAUUUAUGAAUCAGGUGAAAAAAUGGCCUAUUGUCGUUUUAUUAAUAAACAGCUUCAACAUGAUGUGGAUUGUCGACCAUAUUUACCAUUGGAUCCAUUCAAUGAAGAUUUGUACAAAACAACAAAAUAUGGUAUUCUCCUCAUUAAGCUUAUUAACUCUUUAUUUGAAAAUGCUAUUAAUGAAAAUGCUAUGCAUAAAAAUUCUAUAAUAUUUUAUCCAAGUCAAAUGACAGAGAAUGUUCUCUUAGCCUUAACAUCAGCUCAGUGUAAUGGUUGUCCGGUUGGCGAUUUCACUGUCUCUGAUUUAACUGAUAAUAGUAAAUUAUCACGGUGUAUUAUCUUAGAAGUUAUAUGGCAAAUUAUUAAAUGUGGUUUCUUUCGUAAAAUUAAUAUUUAUGAACAUCCUGAAUUAUGUAAUCUUAAAUUGCCUAAUGAAGAUGUGAAUGAUUUGAAGUGUUUAUCACCAGAGAAAUUAUUAAUGCGUUAUGUAAAUUAUCAUUUAAAAUAUAUUAAUGUUGACAAACAAUUAAAUGAUAUUGAAACCGAGUUAUCAGAUGGAGUUAUCUAUGCGCAUUUGCUACCUGCUAUUGCACCAAUCACAAUUCAAGGACGUUUACUACCAAGUGAACAAAUUCUAUUGGGUGAAAGUAAUUUAAUUACACGGGCUAAAGGUGUUCUACAAAAUCUACGUGAAAUGGAAGCUGAUAUGUUUUUGUGUCAGACAGAUUUUACGGAUGCAUUUAAUUUUCGUGAAGCAAGAGGACGUCUACACUUAGCUACUAUUGCUUAUUUAUUUUUAAAUUAUCCUGGUCAGUUGAAAAAUCCACGUCGUAAUAAUGAACCAGUAUCCUAUGAAACAUUACCAGAGUUAGUAUGUCGUAAUUUUGUUAAUUCAUGUGCUAUACAACCAUUUUCAACACAUGUUUGUGUUAAUCUGAGAGAUGGUUUAAUGUCACGUCAUCUAUUUGAAGUGUUACGACCAAAUUCAACAUUGGGCAUGAAAUUUAUUACAGAAUUUGAUCCAAAUAGAAAAAUUAUACAGUUUAUACAGAAUAAUACAAAUAUAAUACGUCUGAUUCUUGGCUAUCCAUUACCAAUUGCACAUAUUGAUGCAGAAAAGUUAUCAAAAACUGAUGAAGCGUGUUGUUUAAAUCUUCUUCUAGAAAUAAUGCGUGCCUAUUUAACUAGUAAUCAUUUUAAUGAAGUUGAUUUAUUGAAGUGGACAAAUGAUCAGUUGAAUCGUGCUGGUCAUAAAACUGAAUUAAGAAGUUUUAAUGAUUCAGCAAUUAUAGAUAAGAAUUUAUUCGCUGUUGUAUUGAAUAGCCUAACUAAUGGUCUUGUUGAUGAUCGAUAUUUAACAUCGAAUAAAGUGAAUAAUGCAGCCUAUGCGAUAUCUGUAGCGCAUAAAGCUGGUUAUCCAGUAUUUACUAGACCAGAACAAUUCGCUGCAUGUAGUGGGGCUUAUGUAUCUUUGGCAUUUGCUACAUUACGUUGGUUCGCACCAAGAAAAUAGACUAUGUAUGUGUAUGAUGCAAGUUUGAAAAAAGCGGGUAAAAUAACAACCAAUCCAAUGUUUCAAUAUUUCGA